GCCAUGGGGAAGGGGAGGUGAGACGCCGCCGCUUCCGCCCAUCUCCAAAAUGGCGGCGCCCUUUGUCCGCUCCGUGUCAGUCUGAGCCCUGCUUGCCGAAAUGUGACUCACCUGCGGGUCCCGGGAUGGCAGCUAUGGAUUUCCCUCAGCACAGCAAGCAGGUCCUGGAGCAGCUGAACCAGCAGAGGCAGCUGGGCUUGCUGUGUGACUGCACCUUCGUGGUGGACGGCAUUGACUUCAAGGCCCACAAGGCCGUGCUGGCAGCCUGCAGCGAGUACUUCAGGAUGCUGUUUGUGGAUCAGAAGGACGUGGUGCAUCUCGACAUCAGCAAUGCAGCAGGCCUUGGUCAGGUACUGGAGUUCAUGUACACAGCCAAGCUCAGCCUGAGCCCAGAGAACGUGGAGGAUGUACUAGCGGUUGCCGGUUUCCUCCAGAUGCAGGAAAUCGUCAACGCUUGCAAUGCUUUGAAGUCUCUCACCGUGUCAGCUGAACCCAGUUCAGAAAGCCACAAGGUCCCUGAAGUGACCGGGGAUCAAAAAGCACCCGAAGAAGGUAAAGCAGCAGCAGCAGAAGUGUUCGGUGGACUCGACAAAGCUGAGCAGGUCCCAUCUGAUAGACAAGAGGAGGAGCUGAUGACGGAGGCUGCAGCAGAGCCAAAGGAGAAAGAGCCUGAGGAGGAGGACAGCAAGGAGACCAACGACCGAGCAGGCGCAGGCGACGCUGUACGGGAGGACCCCCACUCUGAGGUGCUCAGUAGCCAGCAGCCAGAGGAUACCAGGCCCAGCAUCGCCAGCCUGGCUGCAAAGUGCAGCUCCUCCCAGAGUUCAGAGCAAGAAAUGGAGGUAGAGCUGGAGGGGAAGGAGGAAGAGGAGGAGACGACAGCGGAGGAAGAGGAGGAAGCUAAAAUCCCAAAGGAAGAGAAGCCACGGUUGGAAAACGGAGACAACCCUGAGGAUAACGAGUCAGGGGGCACAGACUCCGGGCAGGAGAACUCCGGGGAAGCCAGGCUGCUGCGAUCAGGCACCUACAGCGACAGGACCGAGUCGAAAGCCUACGGCUCGGUGACUCACAAAUGUGAGGACUGCGGAAAGGAAUUCACGCACACCGGUAACUUCAAGCGGCACAUCCGGAUCCACACUGGAGAAAAGCCUUUUUCUUGCAGGGAAUGUAACAAAGCGUUCUCCGACCCGGCGGCCUGCAAAGCCCACGAGAAGACACACAGCCCUCUGAAGCCCUACGGCUGUGAAGAGUGCGGCAAGAGCUACCGGCUCAUCAGCCUGCUGAACCUGCACAAGAAGCGGCACACGGGAGAGGCCAAGUACCGGUGUGACGACUGCGGCAAGCUGUUCACCACCUCGGGCAACCUCAAACGGCACCAGCUGGUGCACAGCGGCGAAAAGCCCUACCAGUGUGACUACUGCGGGCGCUCCUUCUCCGAUCCCACCUCCAAGAUGCGCCACCUGGAGACCCACGACACAGACAAGGAGCACAAGUGUCCUCACUGCGACAAGAAAUUCAAUCAGGUGGGGAACUUAAAGGCGCACUUGAAGAUUCACAUCGCGGACGGGCCGCUGAAGUGCCGGGAAUGCGGCAAGCAGUUCACCACGUCAGGGAACUUGAAGAGGCACCUGCGGAUCCACAGCGGAGAGAAGCCGUAUGUGUGUGUGCAUUGCCAGAGGCAGUUCGCGGACCCCGGCGCCCUGCAGCGGCAUGUUCGUAUUCACACAGGCGAGAAGCCCUGCCAGUGCCUGAUCUGUGGCAAGGCCUUCACGCAGGCCAGCUCCCUCAUCGCCCACGUGCGCCAGCACACCGGAGAGAAGCCCUACGUGUGCGAGCGCUGCGGCAAGAGGUUCGUCCAGUCCAGUCAGCUGGCCAACCACAUCCGUCACCACGACAACAUCCGACCGCACAAAUGCAACGUGUGCAACAAGGCCUUCGUGAACGUGGGCGACCUCUCCAAGCACAUCAUCAUCCACACCGGGGAGAAGCCGUUCCUCUGCGACAAGUGUGGCCGCGGCUUCAACCGCGUGGACAACCUGCGCUCCCACGUGAAAACCGUGCACCAGGGCAAGGCCGGCAUCAAGAUCCUGGAGCCGGAGGAAGGCGACGAGGUCAACAUCGUCACCGUGGCCUCGGACGACAUGGUCACCUUGGCCACGGAGGCGCUGGCAGCCACGGCGGUCACGCAGCUGACAGUGGUCCCCGUGACGGCCGCCGUGACGGCAGACGAGACCGAAGCACUUAAGGCGGAGAUAACCAAGGCCGUGAAGCAGGUGCAGGAAGCAGACCCCAACACCCAGAUCCUCUACGCCUGUGACUCAUGCGGGGAGAAGUUCCUGGAUGCCAACAGCCUGGCCCAGCACGUGCGGAUCCACACGGCGCAGGCCCUGGUGAUGUUCCAGGCCGACACGGACUUUUACCAGCAGUACGGAGCCGCUGCCACGUGGCAGGCUGAGCAGGUGAUCCAGUCAGGGGAGCUGCUCUUCCGAGCCCGCGACGGGACGGAGGUGCAGACCCCCAUGGCUGAGGAGUGCCAGAACCCUGCAGAGUGAAUCCGCAGCACCGGGCCAGUCAGGACGCCCCCGGGAGUGGGACCCAGGAGAGGAGACCGAUCAUGCUACAGCAUCUGGCUACUAAUGGUCUGAAAAGGACGUAGGAGCCCACAUGGGGGCGCUGCCGAGUCAGCUGCUGGUCACAUCCCGACCAGUUAUUUAAAGACAGCUCCAUGGAAUGAUGUAAAAAUGUAUUUCUGUAAUGAGAGAAUCCACACUAAGUUGUGUAAUAUCUAGAGAAAAAUAAAUUCCAUUAUUUUCUAAAUCCUAUUUAAA